AUGGUGAACGACGCCAAGGCCGGCAACCCCAUGCGGGAGAUCCGUGUGUCCAAGCUGGUGCUCAACAUCUGUGUUGGCGAGUCUGGAGAUCGUCUGCAGAAGGCUGCCAAGGUGCUGGAGCAGCUGACCGGCCAGCAGCCUGUGUACGGCAAGGCCAGGUACACUGUGCGCUCCUUCAGCAUCCGCCGUAACGAGAAGAUUUCGUGCUCCGUGACUGUCCGCGGCGAGAAGGCGAUGCAGCUGCUGGAUGCGGGCCUCAAGGUGAAGGAGUACGAGCUCAUCCGCAAGAACUUCAGCGAGAGCGGCAACUUCGGCUUUGGCAUCAGCGAGCACAUCGACCUGGGCAUCAAGUACGACCCCUCCACGGGCAUCUACGGGAUGGACUUCUACGUGUGCCUGGAGCGCCCCGGCUACCGCGUCGCCCGCCGCCGCCGCGUGCACUCCAGGGUGGGCGUGCAGCACCGCGUGACCAAGGAGGACGCGACCCGCUGGUUCCAGACCAAGUUUGAGGGCGUUGUGCUGAACAAGGCCUACGCCGCGUGA